GCUACCAACAUAAUAUCCCGCCGCGACGCAAAAUUCUGUAGAAAUCACCGCAUUUGAAGAGGAAAUUAUAAAAAUUUAGUGUAAAUGCAGGCAAUGGCAGACUUUAAAUCUAAAAGACAUGAAAAGUCUUUGGGUUUACUCACAACGAAAUUCGUGUCUUUGCUUCAAAAAGCCAAAGAUGGUGUUUUGGAUUUGAAAAUCGCGACAAACUUGUUAGCUGUUAGACAGAAGAGAAGAAUAUAUGACAUAACUAAUGUGUUGGAAGGGAUCGGGCUUAUUGAGAAAAGAAGUAAGAACAGUAUACAAUGGAAGGGUGCAGGACCGGAAUGCAAAACAAGUGAUAUUGGUAAUAAAGUUGUACAUUUGCGAAAACAGAUUGCGCGCCUAGACGAUCAGGAGAGAUUACUUGAUAAACAGUUACAUUGGAUUGAACAAAGUAUAAAAAAUGUGUUGGAUGACACAGAUAAUAGCAAGCGAUGUUAUGUUACGAAUAAAGAUAUACGUGACUGUAUUAUAGAUGAACAAAUUCUCGUGUUAGAAGCACCACUAGGUGCCCAAUUAUCAGUUGGCGCUUCACCCACUAAGCAAAAGUAUGUUACUGAAAUCCGGCAAUCUGGAAUAACGAGAACCAAAUUUUUAACGACAGAGCCACAUUAUUAUUUACAUUUAAAAUCAACAGAAUCAAUUGGAGUCAUACUUUUAAGUGAUAAUGAAAAUGAUAAGGAAAGUGAUGAUGACUCAAAUAUGGACGACCCUGAAGUUAAGAAACUUACAGAAAGCAGUAGUGAAGAAAAUAAAUAUAGCAAUUAUCUCAUGAGACUGAGCCCACCUGUGACGAAACACGACUUCUCCUUUACCCUACACGGCACAGAAGGACUAUGUGACUUGUAUGAUAUCCCAUGCUAGCAGUAUUUUGACAUGACAUUUUUAUGAACUUUUUUUGUUUAAAGACAUUUUUAUGACACUAUUUUUGAUCAUGUUGAACUUUAUUGUAUAAGUAUACUUACUAUAAAAUUGUAAAUAAAUUUUGUAAAUAUGAAAAAUCAUUUUGGAAAUAAAUGCAAG